CCUGGCGUCUGAUGAUCCUUGUUGAUCUCUCUGCUGAUGCUUCGCCCCAUAUUACUAGAAACGUACAAGACAGAUGUUGAUGAAGUUUAAGAACAAAAUCACUACCACGACAAGGACAAAAAAUCUACUGGCAAGUGAGCGGAGCUGCGGGCUAAGGCUUGAUAAAGGUAAACGUUCUUGAACAGAGAAGAAAACUGAUAAAAUUUUAUGAGAAUAAA